AUGGGCUCAAGAAGUGCGUCUCGAUGUGAUGGUUCCACUGGAGCAUCGCUAAGUCCAGAAGAUGAAGAGUGUAGUCAGAAUGCUGUUGACACGAACAGUCUCUAUGAGCAAUCAACCAGUCCUGUUGACAAUAUUGAUAAUAAUUGUACUGAUCAGAUUGAUCAUAACGAUAGCAACAAUAACGAGAAUGACAGCAGUAACGAUACAGCAGUCAUGAUGAAAAGUGAACAAAUGCUCUCGAAAACUAACGAUGAAUCUGGUGCAAAAUCCUUAAACGUUUUCUUCGAAAAUGUUCCGACUCCACUGUUGUGA